AUGCCUUGGUGCGGAGUAUUAUUGACCCGGACGUAUUUGAGAAUAAAUGAGAGUUACGAAAAACCUGAAGAGCAGAAGAAAAGAAAGAAGAAAGAAAGAUUUUGGCAAUUUCCACCUCAUUCAAAUGACAUUGAGUUUCAGAAAUAUUAUAAUUCGACAUGUCAAAUUGAUCCAGCGACAUGUCAACUUUACGAAUUUGGGAAGACCCACCCAAAGCCGAUAGGAAUAAUGACUACAAGCUCUGGAAAACUAAUAGAGAUAAGAGAGAGUACAGCAUUUAACUCUGACUUGUUUUCAAACCAAUACAGCAUAGAUUCAAUAACGCAUGAUGAUGCUGAAACAAUCCCGGAGAGACUCGUGCACGCUAAAGGUAGCCUUGCCUUUGGUUACUUCGAAGUAACUCAUGACGUAUCCAACUAUACAAAAGCUGAUGUUCUUAACGGCAUUGGGAAAAAAACUCCCGUAUCUGUCCGUGUUUCUUCAGCACUACAGAAUCUCGGGGGCAAUGAUGUUGCAAGAGAACCUAAAGGCUUCGCAGUCAAAUUCUACACGAAGGAAGGUAACUGGGACUUGGUGACCCUAACCACUCCAGUUUUCAUUCAUAGAGAUCCAAAUAUUUUUACAACUCUCCUUCAUAGUUUUAAAAGAAAUCCAAAAACAAAUUUGUACGACUUCACAAUGCGCUGGGACUUCAUCACCAAAAUACCAGCAUCACUAACUGGAGUUUUGUACAUAUUAUCAGAUUACGGAAUACCAAACGGUUAUAGAAAAAUGGAUACCUUUGCAAUUCACACGUUCGUAAUUAUUAAUAAAUACGGGGAUAAACAUUUCGUUAGAUUCAAUUUCAGAACUGAACAGGGGGUUGAAGUUCUUACAACAGAAGAAGCUCUGAUUAUAGGGGGUCGAGACCCAGAUUACUAUAACAGAGAUCUGUACAAUGCAAUUGAGAAUAAAAACUACCCAGCCUGGAAGUUAGAAAUGGAUGUAAUGACACUGGAUUCCAUCAAACAAAUCGACUAUAAUCCAUUCGAUGUUACCAGACUGUGGAAAAAUGGAACUUAUUAUACUGUACCUAUUGGACGUCUCGUGUUAAAUAAAAACCCAGACAAUUUUUUCAGAACUGUUGAAUUGAGUGCAUUUCAUCCCGGCAAUUUAAUACCUGGUAUUCCGGGGCCAAUGGAUAAUUUAUUUCGAGCGAGGAAAUUAUCGUAUCGAGGUACUCAAGUUUAUCGUUUGGGCGUUAAUCACAAUAAUAUUAAAAUAAAUGAGCCUCUAUAUUGGAAAAAAAUCUACAAUCGUGACGGAAAACCUCCAGUGAGAGAAAAUAUGAAAGAUGCACCAAAUUACUACCCAAAUUCUUUUAAUGGUCCAGUAUCAUAUAUAGACCCUGCAAGACCUAAGGAAAGAUUUACAAUUCUCGAAUCUUAUGCAGUUGAUUUGGAAACAGCAUCUUACUUCUAUAACGAUUAUCUUUGUGACGAUGGCCAAAGACAGAGACUUGUGAAUAACAUUGUUCUCUCAUUGGUGCCUGUGUCCCCUCACUUGCAAAAAAGGGCGAUACGUUUGUUAACGUUAACAGAUCAAGAUUUAGGAAGAAGGGUCCAGGCAGAGCUGGAAGUAGCAAAGCAAAUUCCUCUACCACCAUCGCUACCCGGGAUACCGAUUCCAAGGAAUUGUGCCAAUAGAAAUAGUACUGAGGGUUGA